AUGGGGUGGAAGCUCAAGGGUGGGUGGCCCAGCGACUGGCACUCAGGGUCAGGCACCCAGGAGAUUCCACUUGGGAUGGACACCCAGGGGAAGCUCACCCAGGGCCCAGCACCCGGGGGAGGGCACCCAGAGGAGGGCUUGGCUCAACACCCAGGGAUGGGUCAGCGACUCAUCCAGGGGAGGCCUGGGUGCCAGCCCACCAUAUCAGAGCAGAGGCGUCUCUAGGGGAUGGACACCUUUUUAAUGACUUCCUGAGCUACGUGGGGUGAAUUUUUGGACUCAUUGUGUCUCUGCUAGUGGCUUUACCUGAUAUCCUGGCUGGGUGUAAAAAUCUAGCUUGGAAAUUGUCACCGACAAUGUUCACAUCACAACUUCGUUUUCUCGCUGCCAGCUUUUCUGAGAAGUCUGGUGCCGUUCUUAUUUGUACGUGAACUGUGUUUUUCUCAGAAGCUUUUCUUUAUUCUUGAUGUCGUGAAAUGUCAUGCUGAUGUGUCUUAAUUUGGGCUUUUUCCAUAUCGCAUCUCUGGGUACUUAGUGGGCUCUUUAAAUCUAGAACCAGCGUUGGUGAAAUACGGCCCUGAGGCCAGACCCAGCCCAUUGCCGGUAUUUAUAAUAAAAUUCUCUGGGAACCCCACCCGUUGGAUUCCAGGUGGUCUGGGGCUUCUUUUUCUUUUUUUUUUUUUUUUGAGACGGAGUUUUGCUCUUGUUGCCCAGGCUGGAGUGCAAUGGCACAAUCUUGGCUCAUUGCAACCUCUGCCUCCAGGGUUCAAGAGAUUCUCCCGCCUCAGCCUCCCAAGUAGCUGGGACUACAGGUGCCUGCCACCAUGCCCGGCUAAUUUUUGUAUUUUUAAUAGAGACAGGGUUUCACCGUAUUGGCCAGGCUGGUUUCAAACUCCUGACCUCAGGUGAUCCACCCGCCUUGGCCUCCCAAAGUGCAGGGAUUACAGGUGUGAGCCACUGUGCCCAGCCUGGGGCUGCUUUUGUCUAGAGUGGUAGAGUUGUGGCACGAGUGUGGCCCUCAAGCCUAAGUUAUUCACUGGCCCUUUACAGAAAAAGUGUGCCCACCCUAGCUCAAUAGGCUUAAAUCUUCAUGUCCCAGUUCAGAGAUAUAGUCAUCAUAGUCUGUCUUAUGUAUUCAUUACAUUCUGUCUAGCUGCUUUAAUUUCUUCAUCUUAAGAACUACAGUCUUUGAUUCUCUUGAGCCUUCUAUGUUAGUACUUUGCUGUUCACAUGUUAGCCUUACAAUGAUGUUGAUUUUGGUCCCCAAAUUCCCUUCCAUAUUUCUGUAGUCCUCUCUUGUCCUUUUCCCUUUGAGUCCUAGUUCAAUUGAAUUCCUAUUCUUAAUAAGUGUUUUGUGGUGUAAAGUACAGCUGACUUUGCACUACAUAGGUCACUUAUGCGUGGAUUUUCCUUCACCUCUGCCACCCUGAGACGGCAAGACCAACCCUUCCUCUCCUUCCUCUCCUUCCUCCUCCUCAGCCUACUCAACAUGGAGACCAUGAGGAUGAAGACGUUUAUGGUGAUCCAUUUCCAUUCAGUGAAGAGGAACUACAUUUACUCUUCCUUAGGAUUUUCUUCCUGGGAUUUGUAGCUUACCGUAUUGUAAUACAGUAUAUAAUAGCAUAAAACAUAAAAAAUAUGUGCCAUUUGACUGCGUAUGUUAUACAUAAGGCUUCCAGUCAACAGGAGUCUGUUAGUAGUUAAGCUUUUGGGGAGUUAAAGCUUAAAGGUGGGUUUUCAACUGUGUGGGGGCCAGUGUCCCUAGCCCUUGCAUCAUUCAAGGGUCAGCUGUCUGUCCUUUCUGUGUCUCAGGGCUUUUUCCUCUUCAUCCUUUCUUGCCUGGUCUGGAGCUUGUCUGCAGACCUACUGGGCCCCAGCUCCCCUUACCAAGCAUAUGCUUGGUGGCUCUUCUGUGGCUUUCUAUUUGCUCUCAUUGUGGGGGUCUCUGUCCUCGAGGUCUGCAGGAGGAGUUAAUUUUCUUCACUUGUGCUGGGUGUCUGGUGUGUCCGCCACUGUUCUGAGUGCUGAGGGCAUUGGAGGUGGCUCUGUUCUUCGCCAGCUCAGCACUGAAGGGUGACGUCAUCCAACUCUGGUCUCCCUUCUGAGAUGUGACACAAAGUCACAGGCCAGGGAGCUCCACUCUGAGGGGUCAGGUGGGGCGGGACCAUCCUCCGUGGGAUUCAGCAUCCGUGUAAUAAUACUUGAAACCCUCUAGCUUCAGUUCUGUUGGAGUUCAUGGCCCUGUUUCUCCUCAGCCGUCAGAAGAGGGACACAACAAGGUUACCUCCUUGAGUGUCUCCCCAGGGGUGGUGGGCGACAGGUGUCCAGAUGCCACCCCUCCCAGCUAUGUGGCGUGGGUGGGCUUAGGGCUGCGCUCGUUGGGCACGUUUAGUUCAGUUCAUGAGGUUACACUCUUUUCCUUGUCGGGCUGCUGUUGGCUGUUGACCUCCCUCUCUGUGGUUUGCCCCCUCUGGUCACUCCUCUGGGGAGAGGGCAGCCUGCAGGUCAGGGACCACCUCUCCCUGGAAGCCUCUGUGUGUUCCUGCUUCUCUGGUCAUUCCCUGCCCAUCAUUCCUUCAUGGUUUUUUCCUGAGUGUAGGAUUUUUUAUUUCAACUUUGAUACUUAAUAUAUCAUCCUGAGCCGUCGCUUCCUUAAAGCACCCUAUUCUUGUUUCCUGAAUGUAGCGCCUUCUUUCAGAUGAAACUGUAGUUUUUUGGUUGUUGUCUUUUAAUAGGAGUUGCUUUUUAGAGCAGUUUUAGGUUCUCAGCAAAAGAGCAGAAUGUGCAGAGAUUUCCCAUAUUACCUCACAACUUCCCCCACCAGAGUACUAUUUUCGUCACAACUGAUGAACCUCUGUUGACAUGCCAUCAUCACUUGGAGUGCAGUUUCCAUGAGGGCUCACUCUUGGCUUGGUGUGUUCAUGAGUUAGGCAAAUGUAUGAUGACACAUGUCUACCAUUGUAGCAUCACAUACAGUAGUGUCACUGCCUUGAAAUCCUCUGUGCCCUGCCCAUCCAUCCAUCUCCCCUAACUCCUGGCCACCACUGAUGUUUUCAGUGUCUCCAUAGUUUCAUGCUUUCCAGAAUGUCCUGUAGUUGGACUCAUGCAUCUGUAGCCUCUUCACAUUGGCGUCCUUCACUUAGUGAUAUGCGUUUAGAUUCCUCCAUGUUUUUUCAUAGCUUGACAGCUAAUUUCUUUUUUUUUUAGACAGAGUCUUGCUCUGUCCCCCAGGCUGUAGUGCAAUGGUGCAAUCUCGGCUCACUGCAACCUCUGCCUCCCAGGUUCAAGCGAUUCUCCUGCCUCAGCCUCCUGAGUAGCUAGGAUUACAGGCAUGCACCACCACGCCCAGCUAAUUUUUGUAUCUUUUUUUAGUAGAGACAGGGUUUCACCAUGUUGGUCAGGCUGGUCUCGAACUACUGACCUCAUGAUCGGCCCGCCUCAGCCUCCCAAAGUGCUGAGAUUACAGGCGUGAGCCACGGCGCCCGGCCAACAGCUAAUUUCUUUUAGUACUGGUUAGUAUUCCAUUGUCUAGAUGGACCACAGUUUACUUGUCCACUCAUCUACUGAGGGACAUAUUGGUUGCUUCCAAGUUUUGGCAAUUAUGGAUAAAGCUGCUGUAAACAUCCAUGUGCAGAUUUUCAUAUGGGUCUGAGUUUUUUUGUUUUUAUUUUUUAGACACAGGGUCUCUCUCCAUUGCCCAGGCUGGAGUGCAGUGGCACAGUUGUAGCUCACUGUACCUUCAAACUCCUGGGCUCAAGUGAUCCUCCCACCUCAGCCUCCCAAGUAGCCAGGACUACAGGUAGUUGAGGUCUCACUAUGUUGCUCGGGCUGGUCUUGAACUCCUGGGCUCAGGCGAUUCUCCUGCCUCAGCUUCACAAAGUGUUGGGAUUGCGGGCAUGAGCCACCAUGCCUGGCCUCCUUAGGGUCCCUUUCUAUCAGUUGGUUUUGAUCUCUCUUCAUGUAGGAGGCAGAGAGAGGCUGUAGGGUCAUGUUGCAGGUAGGAUUGUGGUUCAGUGGACUUGCUGCGAGCUGGCCAGGGCAAGGAUGUGGACUCAGUGCAGGGCUCAGCAGGCCCAAGAGUGUCAGGGCUGUGGCCUUGUGUCUGGCCAGCACUGAGGAGCAGGAGAGACUUGUCAGGCCUCUGGUGGCCUGGGGAGGAGGGAGGAGAGAGAAGGGAAGGAGUCAGGCCGGGUCCCAGGGCAGUGUUUUCCUGAACAUGACUGGAAACCCUUGGAUCUGAUGGCCAGGGGACCCUUUCUUUCAGUUGGCUGGGCCAGAGCCACCCCUGACCUCACUCCUCUUCCUGCACCCUUGCUCCCAACCGGGGCUUCUGGGCUCAGCAAACAAAAGCACAGGACACCCAGGUCCGUCUCAGACGAGCAACGGAUGAUCUGUAGGCUCCAGGAACACUCGGAGGUGUCUGGCUUCCUCCUGGAGUGUGACAGCUCCGUGCAGGGCGCGCUGCAGAAGCACCUCGCGCUAUACAGGAUCCGGCGGAAGGUCACGGUGGAGCCGCACCCGGAGCUGCGAGUGUGGGCGGUGUUGCCCAGUUCCCCUGAGGCCUGCGGGGCUGCAUCGCUGCAGGAGAGGGCAGGGGCUGCCGCCAUCCUCAUCCGCGACCCGCGAACAGCACGCAUGGGGUGGCGGCUCCUCACCCAGGAUGAAGGCCCAGCCCUGGUGCCCGGGGGCCGGCUCGGGGACUUGUGGGAUUAUCACCAGCACCGAUACCUGCAAGGCGUUCCUGAGGGGGUCCGAGACUUGCCUCCUGGGGUGGCCCUGCCCCUGGAGUCCAACCUGGCCUUCAUGAACGGCGUGAGCUUCACCAAAGGCUGCUACAUUGGCCAGGAGCUGACGGCCCGCACCCACCACAUGGGCGUCAUCCGCAAGCGCCUCUUCCCUGUCCGGUUCUUGGACCCCCUUCCCACCAGUGGCAUCACCCCUGGUGCCACGGUGCUGACUGCCUCAGGACAGACUGUGGGCAAGUUCAGGGCUGGCCAGGGCAACGUGGGGCUGGCCCUGCUGUGGUCAGAGAAGAUCAAGGGUCCUCUGCACAUCAGAGCCUCUGAGGGUGCUCAGGUGGCCUUAGCCGCAUCUGUGCCAGACUGGUGGCCUAUGGUCUCCAAGUAGUCCGAAGCCUUGGCUGGCGCAGGCUGAUGGGGAGGCUGGGGCCUGGGGCCUUUGGCCUCUGUCCAGGGUCUUCCCGUCCCAUCUGUCUGCUGCGCCUACUGGGUGGGAGCCCUGGUUUCCAUCUAGGAAAGUCCCCCUUGUAGAUGCCCUGCCUGGCCCCACCCAUGCUCAGGGGCCCCAGGCACGUGGGUUGUUUUCUCCCUGGGCUUCCUGUGGCCCCAGAGGAGCCCACCGUGUGAGUGCUGGGCUCCAGAUGACACCGUCCCGUCCUCCCAGACAACCCUGUGUGGAGCCACGAUUGGGACCUGGUGCCUAGCAUGAGCCUCAUGGGGGGUUGGUCCCUGUGCCUGGAAGCUGGGUGGUGUCCAGGGUCUGCAGGCUGGGGCUCGGGCUUUGGGAGUUGUUUCACUGUGCUUGCUUCCAGCAUGUCUCAGGGUGGGGCUAUGCGUGGUCUAGAGGGGUCUGGGGCAUUGGAUCAGGUGGCAUGUGGGUGUCUACACAUCGAGGAGCACACAGGGAUGAGCCACUAGGUAUCCCAUGCUGGAGGCUUGUGGAAGGCUGUGCCCAUCUCCCAUGUUUCCCCACCUCUGUUCCUCCUCAGAGCCCUCCAGGAGCGUGGGGUGGGGGCCAGCGCAGGGCUCAGGAGCCAGCAGGGCAGAGUUCUGCAUGUGUGUGCUGGGUUUCGGCAUAGCCUGUGUUUGCGGUGAGAGUGACUUGCUGUCAGUCACAGGGCACAGCCUCCUGUUCACCCACUGGCUUCCCCCUUCCCACUGAAGUGUGAGCUCUAUGUUUCAGGGCAUCUAUUAAAGAGUGAGCCACAGGCAGCCCCUUGGGAGCUCUGGUUUCAUUUGGGGGAGAGGGAGGUGGGGGCUUAGUUUUUGUGAUCUGGCUGACUGGACCCCGGGAACAGCGCUCCUUUGAGAACUCCCAGACCUACCAGAUGAAGCACUUGGCAUGGCUGCAGGCCAGCAGGGGAGGCCUCAGAGGCCCAGGCUGGGCGUGUGGGUGCCGAGUCUGCAAAGGACAGCCCCAUGGCUGUGAGCUGUUGGCUGCAGGGCGCAGGGCCUGGGGGGCAGGCAUUUGGGCCACCAAGCUGGACGUUAGGGCGGCCACAGAGGGCCAAGCAGGCAGGGAGCCUGUGCCGCCAUCCUGGGGGGCCACAGGUGGUCUCUAGAAAUCUGCAGCCAUGGCAGUUUUGGGGUCAGGGGUCUAAAGGUAGCUCUGAGCUGCAGUGUAGUUUGUGAUCACCCAGGAGGAGGGUGUAGAGCGGAUGGACGGGAGGAAGCGGCUGCAGCUGGAGGGAAGAGAAGGGCCGUCCAGCCUCACCCGCUGCAGUCAGCUCUCCCAUGGGCAAGGAAACAGCUAGGUGGCCCUGACCCCUGCGGUCCUGAGAGCCGGUGGCCUUCAGCCCCUCUUGGACAGGUCAUGGUCUGGAAGCGCCCAGCGCAGGAUGGAUUCCAGACCAGCAUCCCUGCAACCUUUUCAGCCCCACUGGCUGCUGCUUUAAACUGGCAUGGAGACAUUUGAUAAGCUUCCCGGCCAGUUUUCUCUCCAGCUCAGCCAGGAGUGGGUGCCUGUGGCCUGUGUCACCAAGAGCUGGUGUCUCCUGCAUGAGGGGCAUGCACCCCUGGAAUGAGGGUCUGUGCCUCGAGCUCAAAGUGUCCCGGCUCUCUCAUCUGCCUGAAGUUGCCUGGCUUUUCCAGCAGGGCCUCCUUGAGUGCUGCAGCAUCUGGGAGCGUCCUAGCCUGUCCCGUGGGUGUGGCUGGGUGAGGGCUAGGAGGUGAGCCAGGAAGGAAGCACUCCACUCCAGAGUGAGGUGCCACCUGAGCCAUCCUGUGCCCCCUCAGUGUCUUCAGGUCUCUGCAGGUGUCAGGAUCUCAAAAUACUUGGUUCAGAUCAAACACAUUUCGUGUUCUUCUGUGUCCUUUUUUUUUUUUUUUUGAGAUGGAGUCUUGCUCUAUUGCCCAGGCUGGAGCUCAGUAGCACAAUCUCUGCUCACUGCAACCUCUGCCUCCCAGGUUCCAGUGAUUUUCCUGCCUCAGCCUCCUGGGUAGCUGGGACUACAGGCACAUGCCCCAUGCCCGGCUAAUUUUUGUAUUUUUAGUAGAGAUGGGGUUUUACCGCGUUGGCCAGGAUGGUCUCAAUUACAGGCAUGAGCCACUGUGCCCAGCCUCUUCUGUGUCUUUAAAAAGGAAAGUGUCAGUCAACAAAAGAGCCCCUCUGUCAUACAAACCAAAUCAGUUUUCACCAAAAUGUCCUUAGUCCUCUCAGAAAGGCCUGGCCUUUAGGACCUUGGAAGCAGGCCCUAAAGCGCAUCGGCAGGGUCAGAGCUUUGUGUUCAGGAACACUGGGAUCUGCUGAGAGCUGGUGUAGCCGCUCCAAAACUGCACACUGCUUUUCCUGUCUGCUUUAGUUUGUGUUGUAAAAACAUAGGAAGUUCGUGUGUGUGUAUGUGUGUGUGAAUUCAAGGCAUAAGGUGCAGUUGUGUUAUGUGGGUAUAGUGCAUGGUGGUGCAGUCUGGGCUUCUUACCCUCACACCUCCUGCCUCCCCUUGUUAGAGUCCCCCACAUCCGCCUUCCACUUUCUGAGCCCACAUUGCCUGUUGGGCAGCUCCUGGUUAUGAGGCAGGACGUGUGGUGUUUGAUUCUCUGUUUCUGAGCUGUUUUACUUAACACAGUGUAUAUGGUGCAUCUUUAGGAAAGCAUGCUUAUAUUUUCCUUUCAAAGCCAGAUACGGGCGGGUAUGGUGGCUCAUGCCUGUGAUCCCAGCACUUUGGGAGGCCGAGGCAGGAGGAUUGCUUGAGCCCAGGAGUUUGAGAGCAGCCUGGGCAACAUAUCAAGACUCUGUCUCUUAAAAAAAAAAAAUUAGCCAGGCAUGGUGGUCCACACCUGUGGUCCCACCUAUUCGGGAGGAUGAAGUGCGAGGAUCACUUGAGCCCAGGAGGUUGAGGCUGCAGUGAGCUGUGAUUGUGCCACUGCACUCCAGCCUGGGCAACAGAGCAAGACCCUGUCUUAAAACAAAGAAAGAAUAAAAAAGAAGAGAAGUUGCAGUUGGUAGUAUUUCCAGAGCCCGGCAGACAGUGUAGAAACUGUGAGAAACCCACCUCCAAAUCAGGCCUUAGAUAGAAAACAUCCUAAGAAGUAUACGUUCAUUGUAAAAUCAUUAUCGUCAUCAUCUUCUAAUCCCCAAGGAGACAAGCUGCCUGUUCUGUGUUCUUGUAUGAGACGGUCAGUCAAGCGCAGCCCGAGAGGAGAGGCGGGAGCCUGGGAGAGCCUCUGCCAGACCUUUCCUAGCGCUUCCCCAGGAAAGGCAAGGCAGGGCAGAUGUGCGGCUGACCAGCUGGGGUGAUUUCCAUGGGCUCCAAGCUGUAGGAGUGGUCCCUGGCUGCCAGAGUGCUCUGGCCAGAUAGAGGUGGGCUCUGGGCUGGUGAGGCUGCAUCGCAGAGGCGCGCACACCCAGCUGGGCCCUUAUCUGUAAGGACUGGCUGGCCUGGGAGGGGCAGUCUCCCAGCCAGAAGGUGGAAUUUUUUUUUUUUUUGAGAUAUCAAAACAUCCUAAGGUACAGGAAAGAAAUUGUAAACACACACACACAGUACCAUAAACAAGGCCCAGCAGAAAGGCAGACAGAAGCACACACACCAAUGUUCUGAUCUUAGAGUAAGCAGACACAUCACAUGGAAUGAGGAUGUUUAAUAUAUUUAAAGAAAACAAUUUAUGCACAGGAAGCAAGAGACUAUAAAAAUGACCAAGCAGAUUUUAAAAAGAGAACUUGUUGAAAUAAAAAUAAAAUACUCUAAAAAAUAAUCCAUGAUGUGUUUCCUGAAGAAUCGGGAACUGUUUGAAGAAAUGACCCCAAAGUGCAGCAUAGAAAGACAGAGCUGGAAAAUAUGAGAUGGGAUGAGACAAGAAGAUGGAGAGUUUAGUAUGACAUCCGCAAUUUAUGAGUAAUUUCAGAAGGAGGGG